AUGGACAGCCACUUGGAUGAUCCUAGCUCCUAUCGAAGACUGAUAGGGAAGUUACUCUAUCUCACCAAUACUAGACCUGAUUUGUGUUUCUCUGUUAAUUUGUUAAGUCAGUUUAUGCAAUCUCCCACUAACUAUCAUUAUCGGGCUGUACAACAUAUUCUUAGGUACAUAAAAUCUAAGCCUUCGGAGGGAUUAUUUUUUGCAGUUGACUCUCCAAUACUCCUAAAGGCCUUCAAUGAUUCAGAUUGGGCAACCUGUCACAAUACUAGAAGGUCUACUACAGGCUUUUGUAUCUUCCUUGCAUCAUCCCUCAUCUCAUGGAAAUUCAAUAAGCAGAGACCGUUUCCAGAUCCUCCACCGAAGUAG